GAGGGCGGGCGAGGGCGCCGGCGAGGGGCGUGGGGAGGGCGGCGACGGGCCGCGGCCGGGACCCCCCCGCGAGGUCGCGCGGCCCCCGACUGGCCCGCUGACCCGCCGCCGGGUGUGAGGGCCGCUCGCUCAGCCUCGGCGGCCCGGCUCUUCUUCCCCGGUCGCCGCCCUUCUCUGGGUCCUCUGCGAGGCGCAGAGAGCACCUGCCGGUCCCAUGAGUGCGGGCGGGGUAGUCACGGAAAGAUGAUGACCAGGAGGAGGAAGGACUCUCCCCAUUCAAAUCGGAAGCUUUCAGACCGUGGCUUCUAGCUCUGCCCCGGGAGGUCGGGCAGGCCACAGCUGGUAUGGCAGCAGCUCCGUGAUCAUCGGGGACUCAGGCUCUGUCUUGCUCUUCUGCCAUCAUUAGCAUGCUGCCUCAUGGUUGAGAUGGACCCUUUAAUUCCAACUGCCACCUGCUCAUGGGAAGACGGAAGAAGAAAGAGGAAAGAUUGGUGAAAGGCACAUACUGUUCUCUUUAAGGACACUUCUCAGAAGUUGCACGUGACACGUCCACUUACAACCCAUUAACCAGUACUUAGUGACCGCACUAAACUAGAAAGAAAAACAGAUGAUGUCGUCUUUAUUCAGUUAUCUUUGUGCCCAGUUGCAAUUCAGGGGUUUUAUUAAUAAGAAUGAAGAGAAGAAUGGAUGUUUAGUUUCAGUCUAGUUUCUUCUCCAACCAGGGCAACGAAACUACCAUUAUGAAGCCUCUAGUACCUCCAGAGCCUUAUUAAAUUUAGUGGAAUUAUUGAAUAUUUGUUUUAUUUGGUACUCACAGUCUCUCCUUUUCUACUUUCUGUGUCCUCAGUCUGCUUCUCAGAAUUUCUCUUCUGUUCUCUGCAUAAAAUUAGUGUUUCAUACUUAAUGCAGUCACAAUCUUAAUCUAAAGACUUUAUAAAAAUAGAAAUUGACAAGCUGACUUUAAAAUUAUGUGGAAGUGCCAAAGACCUAGAAUAGUUAAUCUUGAAAAGGAAGAACAAAUCCAGGGAACUCACACUAGCUAGCUGCAAGAUUAAUUAUAAAACCACAAUAUCAAUACAGCGUGGUAGUUAUAUUGGGAUAGACAAAUAGAUCAAUGGAAUGGAAUACAGUCCAGAAAGAGGCCCAUACUUCCAUAGUCAAUUGAUUUUUGACCAAGGCACAAAGUCAGUUCAAUGAGGAAUGGAAAAUCUUUUCAACAAAUGAUGCUGGAACUAUCAGAUAUCCAUGUAGGAAAAGAAAAUGAACCUCGACUCCUGUCUUACGCAAUACACAAAAAUUAAUUUGAGAUGGAUCAUAGACAUAAAUGUAAAAUCUAAAGCAAAAUGUGUUUUAGACAACCCUUUUCUCAUAGGAGAGUAUCUGUCACUUUGACAUAGGCAGCAGUUUCUAAGGCAGGACAUAGAAUGCAAUAACCAUAAAAGAAAAAUUUUGAUUAAAGAUGUUAUGAAAAUUAAAACUUCUGUUCAUCACAAGAUGCCUUUAAGAAAUUGAAUAGGCAAGUCCCAGACUAGGAGAAGAUAUUUGCAGUAUAUGUAUGUACCUAUAUUUGAUAAAGGAUUUAUUUCCAAUGUAUAAAGAACUGGUAACGCAUUUAAAAAACACAAACAAUCCAAUUUAAAAAAUAGGCAAAAGAAGGGACUCCACAGAAAAAUAAAUGUAAAUGGCUAACAUGAAUAUUAAAAAGUGCUCAACAUUGGUUUUCUGGGAAUAGCAAAAUAAAACCACAAUGAGAUACUACCAUGUACCCCCAUUUAGGCUGAAAUCAAACAGGCUGACAGCAUCAAGUAUUGGGAGGAUGUGGAACAACUGGAACUUUGUACUCCAGCAUUACUGGUUGCAGGGUGAAAUGGUACAAUCAUAUUGGAAAAAUAUUUGGCAGUAUCUUAUAAAGUUAAACAUAAAUCUGCUCUGUGACCCAGCAAUUCCACUCGUGGGUAUUUACCCAAGAGAAAUGAAAACAUAUGUCUGCAAAAAGACUUGCAUCGGAAUGCUCACAGUGGCCUGUGGUAGGCAGAAAAACGGCCCCCUAAAGAUGUCCAUGGCCCAAUCCCUGGAUCCUGUGAAUGUGUUACAUGACAUGGCAGAAGGGACUUUGCAGAUGGAAUUAAGGUUACACAUCUUAAGGUGGGGAGAUUAUUUUAGAUGAUCCGGGAGAGCCUAGUGUAAUCACACAGAUACUUAAAAGUGGAAGAGGAAAGCAGAAGAGUCAGAGAUUUGGCAAUGUGAGAAGGAUAAGCUUUUGCUGGUUCUGAGAUGUAGGGGGGCUCCCUGUAAAGACCAGAGAGAAGCCUCUGAGAGCUAAGGGUGGCACCCGGACAACAACGAGCAAGGAAACGAGGACCGUAGCCCUUCACUUACAUGGAACUGAAUUCUGCCAACAACCUGAAUGAGCCUGGAGGUGGAAUCCCCCCAGAGCUUUCAGUAAGGGAUGCAGCCCCCCCUAACACCUUGGAUUCAGCCUUGUCAGACUUAGAGCAGAAAAAGUCUGUCUAAAAUAGUGGCGAGGAAUCUGCAUUUGAAUAAUCUGCAGCUAAUCCUAGGAUGACAUUUUGAGAAACACUGUUUUAUACACCAUUUGCAAUAAGUUCCCCCAAAACUAUAGUUUCAGUUAAUAAUGUGGUAAUGACUCAAAAAUGUGUAUCUAUAGCUUAGACCUCUUUGCUGAGCCCACGUAGCUUAAUGGACGUCUUACGUGAGUAUUUUACAAGAAGCUUAGUCUCAGCGUGUUGAAACUGGGAAUUCAUCUUCUUCCUCAAAUCCAUUUCUCUUCCUGUAUUUCCCUAUUUUGGUAAAUGUUGUCCUUAUAUACUUAGUAAUCCAAACCACAAACUGAGAAUCAUAAUUGUCUCCUCCCUUUUAUCCAUUACCCUCUCUUAUCCAAUUGUUUAUUAGAUUCUGUUCUCUUACUAUCUUCUUAAGUCUUAUCGGUUCCCUCUAUCUCUUAUCAAUUGUUUAUUAGAUUUUAUUCUCUCAAUAUCUCCUUAAGUCUGUUUCUUCUUGAUCAUUCUCAGAGCCACUUCCUUAAUUCAAAUACACGUUUCUCCCUGAUUAUCGUUAAAACCCUCCCAAUUAGUUUUUCCCAUCUCUGCUUUGCCUCUUCUCCAACCUAUUUUCAAUCUUGUCAAGUUUUCCAAAACAAAAUUUUUUAUCAUGUUACUCCAUUUGUUAAGGUUAAUCUCCUAACAGCUUCCCAUAACUCAGGGUAAGCCUCAGACUCUUUGACUUAGUUAAAAAGGACUUCCAUGAUCUGACUAGCCCCUGCCUUCAACAGUCACUCCUUUGUUAGUAAUCAACAGAAUGAGUCGUAUUAAAAUCAGUAAGGAAGAGAAGACCUGAAAAACACUGUGAACCAAUUAAUAGACAUUUUAGGACUCUCUACCCAACAGCAACAGAAUAUACAUUUUUUUCAAGCGCAUAUGGAACAUUCACCAAGAUGGAUCAUAUUCCACAUCAUAAAACAAACCAAGAUUUAAAAAAAAGGAAAAUAUGCAAAGCUUGUUCUCCAACCGCAAUAGGUUUAAGCUAAAAAUCAAUAACAGAGAUAUCUGGAAAUUCAUAAAUAUUUGGAAAUUAAACAACACACUUCUAAAUAUCCCAUUAGGAAAAAGGAGCUUGCCACCCACUUCCAAAAAAAUUGACCAUGAAAACCCCAUGAAUAGCAGCGGAGCAUUGUCUGAUAUUACGCUGGAAGAUGAGAGGAUGGUGCAAAAAAAGGACCAGGCAGGGCCCUGCUCUCCUGUACACAGGAGAGCACUAGGAGUCAGAAUUAACUCGACGGGACUAUCAACAACGAAAGUAUCCCAUGAAUCAAAGAGGAAGUUGCAGUGGUAUUAGAAAAUUAGAAAAUAUUUUUAACUGAAUGAAAGGAAAAACACUCAGCAUAUCAAAAUUUGAGGGAUGCAGCCAAAUCAGUGCUUAGAGGGAAAUUUUUAGCAUUAAAUACUUGUGUUAGAAAAGAAGAAAUCUUAGAUCAAUGAUCUUAGCUUCAAUUUUAAGAAACUUAAGAAAGGGGAGUUAGUUGAAAUCAAAGCAAUAAAGUCUAGUAAAAGAACACAAGUCGAUAAAAUCGGUAAUAGGAAAACAAGAGUAAUUCAGUAAAGCUAAGAGCUAGUUCUUUGAAAAUAUCAAUGAAAUUGAUAAGCCUGUAGCCAGACUGGCUAAGAAAAAGAGAAGACACAAAUUGCCAAAAUCAGGAAUGAAAAAGAGGACAUCACUUUAGACCUAACACCUUAAAACUUUUUAAUGGAGAAGAAAUGCCAGUUCUAUAUAAUCUCUUCCAGAAUAUAGAAGAAGAUGGAACACUUACCAACUUAUUUUAUAAGACUGGCAUUACUUUGAUGUGAAAACCAGAGUAAUCACAAGAAAACUAGAGAUUAAAAUCUCUCAUGCAUAGACUUUAAAAACCUGUCUGAGUUACUGAUAGAUCAUGCAGACAAAAAUUAGUAGGGCUGUAGAAACUUUUAACUACACGGUUAAUAAACUUGAUAUAAUAGGUAUUCUAAAUUUUGCCCAUAACACAGAAUAAGUUUAUGUGAUACAUUUGUAAAUAUUGACUGCACCCAGGUGACAAAGCAAAUCUCCACAAUUCUAAAGAAUCCACGUCAUGUAGCACAAUAAAAAGGUAAUCUUUAGAAGUUUCAUGUUUGGAAACAAAAAACAAUCCUAAACAAUUCCCAGAUUAGAGGAAAUUGUAGUGGAAAUAUCAGGACUUGUGAAAUUGAGGCAAAGCAAAAUUUAGAGGUAAGUUUGCAGUCUUAAAUGCGUUUAUGAAAGAGCAAGAAAUGCUCAUUAUAUAUUAGGUAAGCAUUAUUGAACAAGUUAGGAAAAGAACAGGGUGAAUCGAAGAAAGGAAGAAGAAAAUAAUGAAGAGCAGAAAUAGAAAAGAAAACACAAUACAAUAGAGAUGGUCAGCAAAACCAAAUGAAAAAUAAGCAGUUUUUUCUAUUAAUAAACUUCUAGAAGACUCCUCAAAAGUAAAAAAGAAGAACCACAAAUAGUGCUAGGAACAGAAGAAGGUAGGCAAUUUUAGGGAUAAAAAAUGGGAAUAGCAUGAACAACUUUUUGCUAAUGAUUUUGAAAACUUAAAUGCCUAUUUUCUUGAAAAAUAGAUAUUAUCAAGACUAAUUCAAGAAGGAAGAAAAUCUGAAUAAACCAGUAAUUACAGAAAUAACUGACUCUAAAAAAGAGGCACCUUAGCAACUGAAUGCCAUGUGUGGAUCUUGUUUAGAUCCUAAUUCUAACAAACCAAUAGUGCAAAACAAAAUAAAAGAUUAUGAAAUAGUUGAAACACUGAUUGGAUAUUGGAUGAUACCAAGGAAUUAUUUAUAUUUUUGGACAUAAUGAUGGUUAAUUUUUCUUUUUUUAGGAUAUGCAUACUAAAGAAUUUAUAAGCGAAAUGAUACUACAUUUUGGAUUUGCUUCAAAAUAAUGGAGUGUCUUGGUGGUGGAAAGUGAUGUGGGAUAUAGCGUAGAGCGCACUGUUCAGUAUGAUAGCCACUAGCCUUAUUACAGAUGUAGGACAUGUCUAUCAUGCAGAAGUUCUUUUGGAUAAAGCAGGAAUAGAUGACACAAGAUUGGCCAGUGUUGAUAGCUUUUCAAGAAUGUCCCUGGCUGCUUAUUGUGUCAUCUGUUGCAGAAGAAUAGGAACUUCAACUCCUUCACCAAAAAGCAACACAUACUGGAGAGAUGUCCGAAAAAUAAUAAAGUUUACUGGAUCACUGAUUUUAGGAGGUUCUUUAUUUCUUACAUAUGAAGUCCUGGCGCUGAAGAAGUCUUUGACAUUAGAUACUCAAGUGGUAGAAAGAGAAAAAAUGAAGUCAUAUAUAUAUGUGCACACAGUUUCUUUAGAUAAAAGAGAAAAUCAUGGAAUCACCUACCAGGCAAGAAAAGAGCUUCACAAAGCAGUAAGAAAAGUAUUGGCAACAUCGGCAAAGAUAUUAAGGGGUCCAUUUGCUGACCCUUUUAGUACAGUUGACGUAGAAGAUCAUGAAUGUGCUGUGUGGCUGCUCCUGAGGAAGAGUAAGUUGGAUGACAGGACAGCACGAUUGCAGGCUGUGCAGGAAAUGUCAGAGACCCACCACUGGCAUGAUUACCAGUACAGGAUAAUCGCUCAAGCCUGUGAUCCGAGGACUCUUAUUGGUUUGGCACGAAGCAAAGAGAGUGAUCUUCGCUUUUUUCUCCCACCACCUCGUUUGCCAUCUUUAACAGAAGAUUAUUCCAUUGAAGAAGAGCUCAGACAGUUGCUGGCUUCUUUACCUCAAACGGAGCUAGAUGAGUGUAUCCAGUAUUUUACAUCUCUGGCUCUGAGCGAAAGCAGUCAAAGCCUAGCCGCUCAGAAGGGUGGCCUGUGGUGUUUUGGAGGAAAUGGACUUCCUUACGCUGAAAGCUUUGGAGAAGUUCCUUCAGCUACAGUGGAAAUGUUCUGUUUAGAAGCUUUAAUAAAACAUUCUGAGAUGCCUACACACUGUGAUCAAAUUGAAGCAAACGGAGGCUUGCAGCUACUUCAGAGGCUGUACCGACUUCACAAGGACUGCCCUAAAAUACAGAGAAACAUAAUGCGCAUCAUUGGAAAUAUGGCCUUGAAUGAGCAUCUUCAUUCUCCUAUCGUUCGCUCAGGCUGGGUCUCCCUGCUGGCCGAAGCCAUGAAGUCUCCCCACAUCAUGGAGGCCUCACACGCCGCCAGGAGCCUGGCUAAUCUAGACCGAGACACCGUGAGAGAGAAAUACCAGGACGGCGUGUACGUGCUCCACCCCCAGUACCGCACGAGUCAGCCCAUUAAAGCAGAUGUCCUUUUUAUUCAUGGCCUGAUGGGAGCAGCGUUCAAAACAUGGCGCCAGCAGGACGCUGAGCAGCAGGGUCCAACUGACGAGGCUUCAGAGGACGAAGCCAGGCAUACGACAUGUUGGCCCAAGACGUGGUUAGCGAGAGACUGUCCUGCUCUCCGAAUUAUAUCUGUGGAGUAUGACACCAGCCUCAGUGACUGGAGAGCGAGGUGCCCGAUGGAAAGAAAGUCCAUUGCAUUCAGGAGCAACGAACUUCUUAGGAAGCUCAGAGCUGCUGGUGUUGGGGACAGGCCGUUGAUUUGGGUGUCACAUAGCAUGGGAGGUCUUCUUGUCAAAAAGAUGCUGUUGGAGGCCUCUAAGAAGCCAGAAAUGAAUACUGUUAUAAACAAUACUAGAGGAAUCGUUUUUUAUAGCGUCCCUCAUCAUGGGUCCCAUCUGGCUGAGUACUCUGUUAAUAUUCGCUAUCUUCUCUUUCCCUCACUGGAAGUCAAAGAACUCAGCAAGGAUUCUCCUGCACUUAAAACACUACAGGAUGACUUUCUGGAGUUUGCUAAAGACAAGAACUUCCAGGUGCUGAAUUUUGUAGAAACACUGCCCACCUACAUUGGCAGCAUGAUCAAACUCCACGUGGUGCCCGUGGAAUCAGCAGAUUUAGGCAUUGGAGAUCUAAUUCCUGUGGAUGUUAACCAUUUGAACAUUUGUAAGCCAAAGCAAAAGGAUGCUUUUUUGUACCAGCGUACCUUACAAUUCAUCCGUGAAACUUUAGCCAAAGACCUUGAAAACUGACUCUUAUCUUCCAUUUUUCAUAUGUGAACACAGUGCAAGAAACUUGGUGUUGUCUUUCUCUUUCAGCUCUAAGCAAUCAUGCAGACAUAGUCACUAUGGCAUCCACUGUAGUGGUCUGGGGUAUCUCGCAGGCAACAGAAUAUUGUUCUCAGUUCACGCGCUGUAAAGCACAAACAUGGAAGUGGCGACCAGAGAAUGAAGGCUAGACUGGAUUCUUUUGAUUUACAAGCAGUUCCACGUGUGCCAGUUGAUGCUUGGCAUUGUUGUCCUGGUGACAAGGAGCAAGCUGCUGUGGAUGGAGAAUGCCUUUUGUUACCUGUGGCUGUUUCCAGCUCGUGCUAGGAGGAGCACCAAUGGCUUCUGAAGGGAGAGCCAUCACCAAUGCCAUAAAAACCCCAUUUGGAGAGUACCUAGAAUGAACUAGAGCAUAAAAGACUGCUUUGUUCUGGGUUUCCGUGUGCUGCAAAUUUUUUAAAACAUGUCAGUGUAAGCCUUUGUCUAACGUGUUAACUUUGUUGGACCUGUUGUCAUCCAUGGAGCAGUUCCUUGUAAGUUUUUAUUUUCGUAUUGCUGAGAACAAAUAUUCCUCUUUUUAAAAAAACUCUCUAGUAAUUCUUUCCAAACUGUUGCUACCUGUACGUUUAUUUUUUCCCAGAUAAAGUAGCUAAUCCAUUAUUGAUCAGAGUGUGAAAUAAAAGUGUUCUAAGCUAUUAUAUAUAUUAGUGAAUACUUAGUAUUGAGAUUCUCACAUUCUUUUUAACUAAUAAAGUAUUCCUUUCUUUCCUGCUCAUUUGAAAUUGGCAUUAACUGACCUCCAGCAUGUGAGAAACAGGAAAUAACAUUGAUGACUUUUGCUUUUUUUAAUAACAGCAUUAUUGAGCUAUAUAAAAUUCACCCUUUAACAUCUACAGUUCCUUGAUUUUUAAUAUAUUUACAGAGUUGUGCAACCAUCACCACUAUCUAAUUUCAGAACAUUUCAUCAUCCCAAAAAAUAACCCCACACCCAUUAGACUUCACUCCUCACCUCCUUUGCCCUCAGCCCCUGGCAUACACUAGUCUAUUCUGUCUCUGUGGAUUUGCCAGUUAUGGACAUUUCAUAUAAAUGGAAUUAUACAAUACGUGGCCUUCUGUGUCUGGCUUCUUUCUCUU